GGAGGCUCGGGAAGGGGUGUGACCUGGGCUGAGACGUGCGGGGAACCAGAAGGGGCAGGAAGGGGGCGGCCACCGGCCCGGCCCCGCCCCCCCUCCCCGGGCCGCCUCCCCGCGGGUUCCGUUGGCUGUGGCGGCGGCUGAGGCUGCGGCGGCCGCGGGGCGGGCGUAAGAUGGCGACCGCGGCGGCGGGCGCCCUGGGCCUGCUGUGGGGCUGGCUGUGGAGCGAGCGCUUCUGGCUGCCCCAGAACGUGAGCUGGGCCGACCUCGAGGGGCCGGGCGACGGCUACGGCUACCCCCGGGCCCGGCACAUCCUGUCGGUGUUCCCGUUGGCGGCGGGCGUGUUCUCCGUGCGGCUGCUCUUCGAGCGGUUUAUUGCCAAACCCUGUGCACUCCAUGUUGGCAUCCAGGACAGUGGUCCUUAUCAGCCCCAACCCAAUGCCAUCCUUGAAAAGGUGUUCAUAUCUAUUACUAAGUAUCCUGAUGAGAAAAGGCUGGAGGGCCUGUCAAAGCAGCUGGACUGGGAUGUCCGAAAAAUCCAAUGCUGGUUUCGCCAUCGGAGGAAUCAGGACAAGCCCCCAACGCUCACUAAAUUCUGUGAGAGCAUGUGGAGAUUCACUUUUUAUUUAUGUAUAUUCUGCUACGGAAUUAGAUUUCUUUGGUCGUCACCUUGGUUUUGGGAUACCCGACAAUGCUGGCAUAGCUAUCCAUAUCAGCCUCUCACAAGUGGGCUUUAUUACUAUUAUAUCAUGGAAUUGGCCUUUUAUUGGUCUCUAAUGUUUUCUCAGUUUACAGACAUUAAAAGAAAGGACUUCCUGAUCAUGUUUGUGCAUCACUUAGCCACCAUUGGGCUCAUCACCUUCUCAUAUAUUAACAACAUGGUUCGGGUAGGAACUCUGGUCAUGUGUCUACAUGAUGCCUCAGACUUCUUGCUGGAGGCAGCCAAGCUGGCCAAUUAUGCCAAAUAUCAGCGUCUCUGUGACACCCUUUUUGUGAUCUUCAGUGCUGUUUUUAUGGUCACUCGUCUUGGAAUCUAUCCAUUCUGGAUUCUGAACACAACCCUCUUUGAGAGUUGGGAGAUUAUUGGACCCUAUCCCUCCUGGUGGCUCUUCAAUGGCCUUCUCCUGAUCCUACAGGUUCUGCAUGUCAUCUGGUCCUACCUAAUUGCGAGAAUUGCUUUCAAAGCCUUGAUCCGAGGAAAGGUAUCGAAGGAUGACCGCAGUGAUGUGGAGAGCAGCUCAGAAGAAGACGAUGUGACCACCAACACAAAGAGCUCCUGUGGCAGCAGCUCCAGCAAUGGUGCCAGUUGGGUGAAUGGUCAUAUGGGAGGCAGCUGCUGGGUUGAAGAGUAAAAUGGUUGGUAAGGGGACUUAAGCACACAUGGACUUGUAGGGCCACUGGCAACCUACUCUUCUUGGGCCUCCCCAAACCUGCACUCCUGAGACUAGAGGUCUGCAGCACUGAGGAGAAUCAAAGAAGCAAAUAUUUUCACUUUUUUAAAAACUAUGCCAUUUUGUAUUUAAUAGCCUCCAGGUUCUUUCCAUAAUAUUUGCUGUGUGUGUGUGUGUGUCUGUGAGUGUGAGCGUGCGCGCGCACGCGUGUGCGUGUAUGUGCAUACACGCCCAUGUGCAUGAGUUUCAUUGCCUGGGUUGGGGCACAAUUCUGAACUAGGGCCUCUAGGCCUUACCUGGUCCACCUCAAUCCCAGAUUUGGCUGCAUCUUGAAUUAUUCUGGUUCUGGACUAUCCCUUCCCUUCUUGUCCAUGACUCUUGAGGCUCUGGACAUCUAAAUGGAGCAGCCAAGUUAAGGUUUCUGCACUGUUCUUCCUUCAGAGCUGGAAUAUUUCACAUGAAGUUGUGUAGAAACAGAUAACCAUGGAUGAAUGGCCAGGAUUGCUGUGACCCCUAGCUACAUCUCCUUCCUACCACCUGGUAGUGACAGGGACAGCUGCUGAUAACCCUGCUCUUUACUCAAUGGUACGCAGGGGAUGGGGUGGGAGAGGGUGAGCAGAGAACUAGAGGAGGACAACAGCCACUGGGUGAGCUGUUAACGGUUUAUACUAUUGUUUACUCUUCUGUGAUUAAAAGUGCUUCACCCUC